CUCCUAGCAACAAGGACUCAUAGAAACUAAGUAAAAUAAGCGGAAAAACUGUAAAACAAAAUAAGCUACCACAUCCAUAAUGUGACAGUAUAUUUAAAUGAGGCGAGGCGUUGGCUCGUUUCCACCGCUCGAAUCCGAAGUCCACCAUUCGUUUGAUUUGGGAAGCAGAGGAUUAUUGCUUAAGUUUGAGGAGCCGAUCAGAGCACAUGGAAAGCAGCGAUGCGACUCAAUGGAGCACUGUGUGACUUGUUUGCUCGGAAUACAGGUACUGGUGGUGUGCUGCUUACCUGGUGUGCAGGGAAAGCGAUAUUAUGACGAUAAGAACUCGAUUGGUUUUUUGAGAAGCAAAACUGGAUUUACUUUGCAAAUAUUUCCAGACAGAACUGUCAACGGUUCGAAGGAACACGGUAGCGAUUUCGCAGUAAUAAAGAUAAUUAGGACGAAGCGGAUAAAGACGGUACUAAUCUAUGGCCUUCACUCCAAAACUUUCCUUUGCAUGUCCAAGAAGGGCAAAAUCUAUGCAAAAGUUGGCUAACAGAAUACGAGGAUGCUUUGAAUAGUGCAAAGACGUUCUUAAAGCAAACAAAAGAUCAUCCAUACUCUUAGAUUCAGUCAUCUCCUGAUGAUGAAACAUAGUGACUCAAGUAUGACCGGAAAAGUCUUAGAAAUCUUCAAGGUCGCAGAACAAAAUAGUGCAUUUCGAGAAGUGAAGAGUGAAGAUAACUUCUUUUCACGAUUCAAAAACGUCAUUCUUUGUGUUGCGGAUGGUGAUUUUUUUCCGGAAGGUAAAAGAAGGUGAAACUGUCAUAUGGCUGUACUAUAUGAAUAUUAUGGAGCGUUCAUAACAGUGACAACAACAAAAAAUUGCAAUAGGAAAACUCCAGAUAACUCUAACACUAACAACUCUAGAAAUAAUUUUUCAUUAUUUUUUAACGAAGAAAGUAAAAAAAAAAGUAUAAGCAUAUCAUGCAAAUAAUUUGACUUCUCAAAUAAAAAUAACGUCUAUUGUUGUCCUCUCAUGAAAUUAAAUCUUUAAUACUGAGUAACACAAGUUGUCGAAUAAAUAUGCAUGAAUACUGGC